AUGGUAGAUAGAAGGACAAAUGAUAGGCGGUCUGAGCCUUACCCAUCUUCACGACACGAAUACAGAAGGAGACAAUAUGACCAACCUUACGAUACGCGACCACGUGAAAGGGCCAAGAUCCUAGAGUACAACUUAUCUAUCUCGCCAGCCGAUGCGGUCUUAGCUCUCAAGAGUCUAGGCAACAAAGUCAAAUGGCCAGAAAAGAUGAGGGCCCCAGCUGACCAGAGGGACAGAUCCAAAUGGUGUGAGUUCCAUGCAGAUCAUGGGCAUCGGACAGAGGAUUGCAUCGCCCUCAGAUUGGAAGUGGCCCACCUACUAAAUCAAGGCCACCUCACCGAUUACCUGACUGAAAAGGGCAAGCUUACCCUACAACAAGGAAGGGAUAAGCAAGAGAAACACAGAGACGACAGCCCGCCAGACCCACCACACCAUGAGAGAACUGUGAACGUGAUAUCCGGAGGCUCCGAAGUCAGCGAAAUCACCCACUCAGCCGCCAAGAGACACGCCAGACAGGCUAGAUCAAGCAAAACAGGGGCUCUGCCUUCCGGCAAAGCUGGACCAACGGAUCCAACCCUGACAAUCAGCUUGGCAACAUCCGAAUCAGACAAGCUUCUACACCCUCAUCAUGAUGCUUUAGUUAUUUCCAUUUAUAUUGCUAACUGUUUAACAAAGCGCGUGCUAAUAGACAAUGGCAGCUCUGCCAAUAUUUUAUUUUUCAGUGCAUACAGGGAGAUGGGUUUGGACGAGUCCAAACUAAUCAAGAGAGCGGCCGUACUCGUUGGCUUCAGUGGCGAGAGUACGACUACUGUAGGGGAGAUCGAUCUUCCCGUUUACGCAGAGGGAGUCAACCUUUCCACUAGGUUUCUCGUGGUAGACGCCCCAUCAGCAUACAACGUCAUCUUAGGCCGUCCAUGGAUCCACGAAAUGGAAGCAGUACCAUCUACCUAUCAUCAAGUCAUACGAUUCCCAACCAAGUGGGGAGUUAAGGAGAUCAAGGGAGAGCAGAAGGACUCCAGGGCGUGCUACCAAACUACUAUGAAGGCGAAAAACCCAUCCUUAUAG